AUGGCCUCUUCACAAUCACUAGCCUCUGGCCUGACCGAGGAUAAAUACGAGUCUGCGGCCGAAUCUCUGAAUGAGAGCCAAAGGUACUCUGCGAAUUACGAUGCCGAGGAUUCUGAAAUUCCUUACUCCACUGCACAACAAGAGGACACCGAGCAAGAGGAGGUGGAGCAUUACGUCAACGAUACAGCUUCGCAACAAAACACUCUCCAUAAAGAAGAGAGCAAUGACGACUAUGCUGGUGAACUGGAUAGAGAGAUAAGCAGGGUGGCCACGAACUUGUCGCGUUUUUCAAGCAGAAUUUUACACCGCAGCCAAGAAGAGUCCACCAGCGCAGAGAAAAGCACGGAAGAGGAGGAAGGCUAUGAUCCUCGUACCAUGGCUUGGGAUGGGCCUGAUGAUCCUGAUAACCCUUUCAACUGGCCAAACUGGAAAAAAUGGUCAGUCACCAUGACGAUCGCGUUUCUGUGUCUUGUGAUUUCACUUGGAUCCUCCAUUUACGUGGACGCUGUUCCAGAAAUGAUGGCCAAAUGGGGCAUUUCGCAAACACUGGGCCUGGCAGGUCUGACACUCUAUUUGGUCGGUUUGGCCUUUGGUCCAGCGAUUGCUGCUCCAUUGUCCGAGGUGUUUGGACGUAAGAUCAUUUACUGUUCGACUCUUCCGAUUAGUAUGCUUUUCAUCAUGGGUGUCGGUCUUUCAAAAAACAUUGGCCAGGUUUUGGUUCUUAGAUUCUUCGCUGGUUUCACUGCCUCCGCUGCUCUGGCAAUUGGUGGAGGUACUGUCACCGAUAUUUGGAAGCCUCACGAGCUUGGAAUAGCCAUGACCUUGUUUUGUAUGGCUCCCUUGUGCGGUCCUGUGGUCGGUCCGAUCAUUGGUGGUUUUGUUGCCGAGAAUAAAUUCUCAACUGAUAUGAACAAAGUUGGUGGCCUCAGAUGGACAAUGUGGGUCGACCUUUUUUUUGCUGCUGCUGUUUUCAUUCCUCUUUUUUUGGCUCCAGAAACUUAUAGACCUAUUAUCAUGAGACAGAGGAUCAAGAAGAGAAAUCUCAAGCGCAAAAAGACCAUGCCGCUGGCCAAAUUUAUCAUGAUUUUGGUGUUCAUUACAUUGCUGAAACCUAUGGAAAUGCUGGUGGUGGAGCCGAUUGUGCUUGUGUUCUCUAUCUACACUGCUUUCAUUUUCGCUGUGCUUUUCGGCUUCUUCGAAGCUUUCCCAGUCAUUUUCAGAGGUCAGUAUGGCAUGUCGCUUGGCAUUUCUGGCCUUCCAUUUUUGGGUGUUGGCCUAGGUAUCGUCUUUGGUGCUAUUACUUAUGUUUACAUUGACAAGAGGAUAUUCUUCAGACGCUACCCAGAUGGUUACAUCGGUCUCAGAGACAAAAACGGCAACAACCUGCCUCCGUCACCAGAGUCUAGACUUCUGCCAUGUAAGCUGGGAGCAGUGGCAAUGCCACCAGCUCUGUUCUGGCUUGCAUGGACGGGAAGACGCUCUGUUCACUGGAUGGCUCCAAUUGCUGCGGGUGUGCCAUUUGGAUUUUCCCUGAUUUUGAUCUUUUUCUCUAUCUUGACCUAUUUCAGCAUGUCAUACCCUCCAAUCUCUGUUGCGUCGGCUUUGGCUGCCAACAAUUUACUGAGAUAUAUUGUGUCAUCGGUUUUUCCAUUGUUCACGGUCCAGAUGAUGGAAAACCUCCACAUAUACUGGGGUGUCUCCGUUUUUGCAUUUAUCGCGCUUGCCCUGGCCCCAGUUCCAUGGUUGUUCACCAAAUGGGGUCCUCCUCUUAGAGAAAGGUCCAAAUAUGGAUUUGCUGCGGAGGAAAAACAGAAAGAGGCAGCUGCCACGAAAGAAACUGAAGUCUAG